CUGCUCCUCUUAUUUAAAUCUACCAACCGUCGAGCCAUCCAUUGUAAUUUUCAAAUUGAAUAAAUGAACAUGGGUGUUCCGCGAAUGGUACAUAUUUCGAUAGUUCAGUGCGUUUUCUAACGGCCUGCGAUAUGGUUGUGCAUCCCGGAAAAUUGUGAAAAUUUCAAUGGGAAACGGUGAAGUGAUAAGCCAAGUGUAAUAUGAGUGGCAGGUGAAAAAUCUGCGGUCGAUAAAAAAAGAAUUGAAUUAGGUCAAUUGUUGUAAGGAGAUGCUGUGGGUGUUGUGGAAAUAGUUGACGUAAAAGUUUUGCUGUUACAAGGAUACCUUUUGUUAUCAAAGUGCAAGUGGGACAAUUUCACUAUGAACUUCGAAACGAUCCUGGAGGAAGUUGGAUCAUUUGGAUUGUAUCAAAAGUUGGUGAUAUGUGCGGUGAUACUUCCAGCGAAUCUGCCGUGCGCAUUUCACGCCUACAGCCAACUCUUCAUAGCAGCAAGUCCUUCCCAUUGGUGCCGAAUACCAGAAUUGGAACCAUGGGUUCACGAUUACCCCGAUCUAGUUCGAAACCUGAGUAUACCAUUCAUCUACAAGGAUAACACUUUCAAAUUUGCUGAGUGUAAGAUGUAUGCCAGAAAUUACACAGAUUUAGUUCGUUUCCUAGAGUCCCGGUCACCUCAGGAUUUACAACACCACGAUGCAAAGGAUUUUGGGUACCCAAUAAACGCGCCUAUUGUUGAUUGCAAAUACGGUUGGAAAUAUGACCACAGUAUCUUUCCGAAUACAGUAGUCACGGAGUGGGACUUGGUUUGCGAUAACAAUUUUUACGUGACAUUGGCUCUGGUAUUAUUCGGUGUUGGAGGCCUAUUGGGCAACUAUAUUUUUGGAUAUCUCCAGGAUAUGUGGGGCCGACGACCUUCUUUCUAUGUUUACUUAAUUAUAGAGGUUAUAUCAUGUGCAUUGAGUGCUGUGGCAUGGAACUUCCCAAUUUGGCUCGGAUUGCGAUUCAUUGUUGGUAUUACGGUCCCAGCAAUCCUGUCCAGUCCUUACGUUUUAGCGAUUGAGCUAGUUGGUCCGAAUAAGAGAGUAUUUUGCACAAUUGUUUCCAACAUCGCCUAUUCUAUCGGAUUAGUGCUCCUAGCUGGAAUCGUCUACGUUGUUAGAGACUGGAGAUAUUUGUCCUUAGCAGUCUCUUUGCCACUACUCAUGCUGUUCUCCUGUUUCUUCAUACUACCAGAAUCACCAAGAUGGUUAAUAGCUGUUGGAAAAUAUAAACGGGCUACAAAAAUCCUGAAAGUCAUGGCCAGAUUGAAUGGACGACGAGUACCUUCCGAUUAUGAACAUAUUUUACGUCAAAAGCUAUCGACUCCUGAUCUCAAUAAACCGGCAAUUCACUCUGAAAGAUCGUACGGUAUUGCAGACCUCUUCCGUACCCCAAAUUUACGUAAAAAGACCCUCAUUGUAACUUUCAUUUGGUUUGCGAACACCAGCGUUUAUGUGGGCCUCAGCUACUAUGCUCCUGCUUUAGGAGGCGACGAAAUCUGGAAUUUUUUCUUGGCUGGUGCCGUUGAACUACCAACAUACAUAUUUCUGUGGCCAGGACUGCACUAUUUUGGACGACGAUGGAUACUUUUUUAUUCGAUGCUCAUUGGUGGACUCUCCUGUAUAUCCACUUUUCUUGUUCAGGACGAUCAACUCAUAAUGCUGGCACUGUACUGCGUCGGAAAGAUGGGAAUAUCAUCAGCAUUCGUUGUCUUACCACUGAUGGCAUCAGAAUUGUAUCCAACAGUUGUCAGGGGUCUAGGGAUGAGUUUCAGUUCAGUCAUAGCUAUGAUCGGUCCCAUUGUUAUACCAAUUAUCAACCACAUGGGUGAACAUAUGCUCGUUUUACCACUGAUGAUAAUGGGUGGUGUCCUAACCUUGGGCGGUAUCGCAAGCCUAUUCCUGCCUGAGACCAAAGGAAGGCCUUUGCCACAAACUUUGGAGGAUGGUGAAAGCGUUUUCGUAGGUAUAUGUUCGUGCUGUAAGCCGUUGGCAAAAACAACCUCGGUAUCAACAAUUGCAGUGGAAAAAGAAAAUGAAAUACAAAAUAAUGAUGCCACUCGCAAAGCCAUAUGUAGUAUAUGCCAAGGGGAAAUAAAAAAUAGAACAAUUUAGCGAUUAAGUCAAUUAAUUGUUGUUUCAUAAAUGUCUGUACAUAAAUUGUAUAUAUUUUAGUAAAGUUUGUUGACCGAAUAAAGUGCAAAAUUAUUUUUAUAUACUCCACAAAA